AUGGAGUCAGAUAAUAAGAUGAAUAGUGAAGAGAAGGGACAUGAAGAUGCAGUGAUGGAGAACAAGAAACGUGGUGGGAGAGUGGACAAGAGGGAUCGUCACUCGAAGGUUAAUGGAAGAGAUCGUCGUGUUCGUUUGUCAACAAUAUGUGCUGCACGUGUCUUCCAACUCACACGUGAGUUAGGUUACAAGACUGAUGGUGAGACCAUUGAGUGGCUCUUGCGCAUGGCUGAGCCCUCCAUUAUCGCCCUCACCGGCACCGGCAUUUCGCCUUCCGCGUCGGUGGCGCCCCCGGACGCUGUUGCUGCUCAAGAUGCUAACGAGGUCGCCGAUAACGUUACUGAGGAGCCGAAUCCAUCUUUUGAUUUCGACUUUGAUUUGUUGGACUCGGAUUUUGAGAUUUUAAUGAAUUGUGAUUAA